UUUACGCAGUGGUGUGACAGUAGAUUCACGUCGCCAUGGCAAGUCGAAAAACUUCGCAGCCAAGCCGGGACAAUGGGGACAAAUACUCAAUACUAUUACCUACCUACAACGAAAGGGAAAACCUACCUUUGAUAGUGUGGCUUUUGGUGAAAUAUUUCGGUGAGAGUGGAUACAACUAUGAGAUCAUUGUCAUUGACGACGGAAGCCCAGAUGGGACAUUGGAGGUGGCAAAGCAGUUGCAGAAAAUUUAUGGAGAGGAUAAGAUACUUCUAAGACCAAGGGCGUCAAAAUUGGGACUAGGCACUGCCUACAUCCACGGCAUGAAGCAUGCAACUGGGAACUUCAUCAUCAUAAUGGAUGCUGAUCUUUCCCAUCACCCCAAAUUUAUCCCUGAAUUUAUUGAAAAGCAGAAGGAAGGCAAUUACGACCUGGUGUCUGGUACUCGAUACCAAGGGAACGGAGGCGUAUACGGCUGGGACCUGCGCAGGAAACUCAUCAGCCGGGGGGCCAACUUUUUGACUCAAGUGUUGUUGAGACCCGGUGCUUCAGACCUCACAGGGAGCUUUAGACUGUACAAGAAGAAGGUGUUGGAGAGUCUGGUUGAGCGGUGCGUGUCCAAAGGGUACGUCUUUCAGAUGGAGAUGAUCGUCCGCGCCAGACAGCUCAACUACACAGUCGGAGAAGUACCCAUUUCCUUUGUGGAUCGAGUUUAUGGAGAGUCCAAACUUGGGGGGAAUGAGAUUGUGUCAUUCGUGAAAGGACUGGUCACACUCUUUGCCACAACAUGAUCAGUGAUGUACUCAGUGUGGACCUCCGACAGUCAUAUAGCAUUGCUCUCACUCUUUAAGUCACUGUCUUUCAUACAGUAGUUGUUUCUGAAUUUUAAUGGAGUGGAAAUGUAGUCAGACAGUGACAUGAUGGCCAAUGACGAGGGAGACAUCUAUCCCCUGUUAGCUGUAAAUAUAAAAUAGUUCCCUGUCAGUAGCUGUCCACGGUACUGAACGAAGAUGUGCUUUACAUUUUCAUCACCCUCUUUAAUGAAUUUUGAACAAAACAGUGUUUCAUCAUUCCAAAUCCAGACAGCUGAAUGAACUCUACACUAACAUGAUACGUCAGAUAUGUUUAAAUACACUUUCAACUGCUACAACUGUGAUUGUUUUCUAUACAAUUAAACUGUUGGUAUUGUUGGA